UAGCGUGGAAGUGAGACAUAUUUCACUCUUGGAACACCAGCUAUAUAUAGACAUAGAUAUAGAUAUAGAUGCAUAUACAUCUUAUAUCGCCAACCAAGUAGUAGUAACCAGCAAAGUAGCUAUGGAAGAAAAAGUUGGAAUAAAAAAAUUGCUGGAAGAUGAGGAAAGGCCAUGUGAUAAACUCUCCGUCCAUAAUUCUAUGGGAUCUACUCUUCUCAGCUUGAGCCUGAAUAACUCAGAGCAGAAAACCCAUCGAAUUGAAGGACAGUCCCAAACCCAAAUGGGCAUGCUGCGAAUCAAGCUUGAGGAAGCAAAGAAGGAGAAUGAGAUUUUAAGAGCUAUGCUACAUCAGGUCAAUGAGCACUGCACCACUCUUCAAAAUCGCAUACUUUUGGCUAUGCAGCAGCAUCAACUAUCUUCAGCAUCACCUCGAAAUAGUAAUCAUGACUUGCAGAGAGAUCGAGAAGGUGCAGAGAAAGCUAUGUUCACACGGCAGUUCUUGAAUAUUGGUGAGAAGAAAGUGGGAAGAAACAUUGUGGAUGAUGAGUACAAUGUUGAAGGUGAAAUCAACAGCCAAAUAACAUCUAAAGAACCAAAACGCUCAGAAGAUCAAGCAUCUGAGGUUCCUUGCAGGAAAGCUAGAGUGUCCAUAAGAGCACGAUCAGAUUUUUCUAUGAUGGGCGAUGGAUGUCAAUGGAGAAAGUAUGGACAAAAGACAGCAAAGGGAAACCCUUGCCCCCGAGCCUACUAUCGUUGCAGCAUGGGAACUGCAUGUCCAGUUCGUAAGCAGGUGCAAAGGUGUUUCAAGGAUGAGACUGUUCUCAUCACAACCUAUGAAGGGAACCAUAACCAUCCACUCCCACCAGCAGCCAGACCAAUGGCAAGCUCAACAUCAGCAGCAUUGAACACGUUUCUUUCUGGCUCAAUCACAAGUUCACAUACCAUCAGCACCCUAUCAAACUCACACCUCUUCUCUUCAUUGUCUAGUAUUUCACCAACAGCUUUAGCUACUUUCUCCCCAUCUGCAACAUGUCCCACAGUAACACUGGACUUAACCCAACCUACUACCAAUAACUAUCUCCAAUUCCAAAGAGCCACCACUUCACAUGAUCAAAGACAAUCAUUUUUCCCUUUACCACUAGAUGGUCACCCUCAAACAUAUGAGGAGUUACACUUGUGUUCCAAGCUUCCAACCUUUAUAACCCCAGAGAAAAGCCUUGCUUUGGUGGAUGUAGUGAGUGAAGUUAUGGUCAAAGAUCCUUCUCUGAAGGCAGCAUUGUUUGCAGCCAUUUCCUCACUCACUGGAGAUCAUCCUCACAACAAUAACAUCAAUAACAACAACCAAGAUAAUAAAAGUAGUGGUCACGACCCUUGUUCAAAGAUGCCCGCAAUACCACGUCAUCAUCCUUACACUACCCAGUUGAUUUAGAGUUAAUCAAAUAUAUAGUUGUCAAAUUAAUAAAUUACAUAGCAAACAGAAGAGGUGAACAAGUUAUAUGUGUAAGAGGUAAGUUUUAUGAGAAAUCAAACAUAUCCCAUUUUAACUGGUUCAUUUUCGUUAGUAAUUACUUUGUAAAAUAAAUUAAUAGACCGAAGUUUUGGUUGUUGGUCAUGUAAUUAUAUGCUCAAAUGUUAUAUAAUACAGUGAAUGGAUAUCUUGAUUGG